AUGACGGAAAAGCAGCAUACACAGAAGGUCGAAUACGGCGGCGCCGAAGAGAAGGAGAUUGGUAUAAAAACCUCUGCUGAUGUCGAUGACGCAGGCGGGCUCCGUACCGUGGACGCUGGCUACGAUGCGGAGCAGGUCGAACCUCACUACGACCAGAAGGAAGUUCAGAGGAUCUUGAGGAAGGUCGACUACAGACUGAUUCCACUGCUUGGAGUCCUAUAUCUUCUUGCAUACAUCGACCGAAGCAACAUCGGUAAUGCUAAGAUCGCGGGCAUGUACGACGAUCUCAAGCUCUACGGAAUGCGCUACAAUACUGCCCUGACCGUGUUCUUCGUGCCGUAUGCAUUGUUCGAGGUGCCUUCCAACAUUGUCCUCAAGAUACUCAGGCCAUCGAUCUGGAUCUCCAUUCUCUGCUUUCUAUGGGGUCUCGUCAUGACCUUGAUGGGAAUCGUUACUACCUACAGGGGGCUUGUGACUGCUCGUUUCUUCCUUGGGUUGACCGAAGCAGGGUUCUUUCCGGCAGCGACGUACUUGCUCACCAUCUGGUAUCAACGCUAUGAGGUCCAACGUCGCAUGGCUGUCUUCUACGCAGCAGCCUCUCUAUCCGGCGCAUUCUCAGGGCUUUUGGCCUUCGCCAUCGAGAAGAUGGAUGGCAUUGCUGGCCUCGCGGGCUGGAAAUGGAUCUUUAUUCUCGAGGGACUGGCGCCCAUUGCUGUGUCUUUCACCCUGUUCUUCCUCUUGCCUGACAAGCCCGAGACGGCAAGAUUCCUGACCAAACAAGAGCGAGAAUUCAUUGUCAAUCGCAUUGCUCUGCAUACCGGCUCGGGUCAAGGCAGAGUGACUAACGUGGACAAGAUAAGCUGGGCCUACAUCAGAGCCGGGUUCUCGGAUUGGAAGAUCUGGUGCGCCGUCAUUCCCUUCUGGGCAUGCAGUAUCGGCACCUACGGCUUCACGGCAACGGUGCCCUCUGUAAUCGAGCAAAUGGGCUACAGCUCCGCCAAUGCACAGCUCAUGACCAUCCCCAUCUAUGUGGUUGGAAUGAUCGCCACAGUGAUUGUGGCCUUCUGGGCCGACUAUAUUCAUCAACGAACUCCGUUCAUCAUGGGCGGUUUUGCCAUUGGUGUCGUUGGUUUCAUCGCCCAGCUAGCAAUCCCGCACCCCAGAUAUUCCGGCGUGUCCUACUUAUUCCUCUUUUUUGUGGCGACAGGCCUAUACUGCCCCUUUACCUGUGUGGUGACCUUGAUCGCCAACAAUCUGGCGCCGUCCUCCAAGCGCGCAGUCGGCAUGGCCCUGCUGAUCAGUGUCGGUAACCUGGGCGGCAUCUGUGGAAGCAAUAUCUACUUCUCGGCACAGGCACCUAAAUACCCGACGGGCUUCGGCGUCAGUCUGGGGAUCUGCGUAAUGGGAAUCAUCGCCGCUUUUGUGCUCCGAGUCGCGUACCAGCGCGAGAACAAAAGGCGUGACGAGCUGGUGGCCCGAGAGGGCGAGGAGGCCAUCAAGGCCAAGUAUACCGAGCAGGAGCUGCUGGAUUUGGGCGACAGGAGCCCGUUCUACAGAUAUACUUUGUAA